AUAUUAGUCUCCUAAGGAUACCUAUUUUUUACUUAAUGGUCAGCUCGUAAAGACUAAUAUUUCACACAAGUACAUUGUUCGAACUAGUGAAGUGAGUGAUGAAGAACUGUUAAAUAAUGUUGCAAUAAGUUGAUACUAUACUACUUGAGUAAACGACCAUUACAUAUAAAAUAAGAAGAAGAGCUAAAGUGGAAAAUGUCAUCUAACAACUCUAGUAAUUUAUGUAGAAUUCUACCUAAAGUAGAACUUCACGCUCACCUCAACGGUUCAUUGAACCCUGAAAUUUUAAAAGAUCUCAGUUGUAAUGAUAACGCGAUAUCGGAAUACCAAAAAUUUUCCAACAUCACAGAUAAAACUACUUGUACUUUGGAUGAAUGUUUUAAAUUGUUCGAUAUCGCAUAUCAAGCUACCAAAACUAAAGAAAAUGUCUACUUAGCUACUAAGAGUGUUAUAAAAGAUUUCGAUACAGAAAACACUGUUUAUUUAGAAUUAAGAACUACUCCAAGAAAAGAACAAAAUAUGACUAAAGAGGAAUACGUCGAAGCAGUAAUAAGAGCUAUUGAAGAUUGUAAAGAUAUAUGUAAUGUCUUAGUUAAAUUGAUUUUAUCAAUAAAUAGGCGACACGAUAAACUUGAUUCUAAGGAUACUUUAAAUGUUUUUAUUAAAAUGAAAAAUAAAUAUCCAGAUAUUAUUAAAGGUGUAGAUUUGAGUGGAGAUCCGAGAGCGGGUAUAUUCGAUGAAGAGUUGUUUGAAAAGGUUCGAAAACAUGAUCUAAAGACAGCCAUACAUUGCGCGGAAGUUAAAAAUGAUGAGGAAGUUGGGAAAAUAUUAGAUUUCCAACCGGAUAGAAUAGGACAUGCUAUAUUCCUACAUCCCGCCUAUGGAGGCUCAAAGAUUAAUUGGGAUAAAUAUUGUGAGAAAAAAAUUCCAGUUGAAUGUUGUUUGACAUCGAAUGUGAUAACUACGAGUAUGGGAGGGUAUCAAAAUCAUCAUUUGAGGGAAUGGAUUGAUUCAAAUCUUCCAUUUUCCAUUAAUACUGAUGAUAGAGGGGUGUUUGGUACAACUUUAUCGAAAGAGUAUGAAUAUGCUUUGAAUCAUUUCAAAUUAACGCCAUUGCAGUUAUGGGAUAUUAGUUUUAAUGCAAUGGAACAUUCUUUUGCAACUGAGAUUGAAAAAAGUAUAAUUCAAAAGGGAUUAAUCGAAUGGAAAGUUCAAAAUUUGGAAAAAUUUAAUUUAAUAAAUUGAAGAAAUACA